UGCCAGUGUGAUAAUGUCAUAAAGUGUAGGACUGUGAAGUUUGUAUAAAAAUUGUUGAAAGACUGUAUUUUAUUGUUGAAGAGCUGUAUUUUAUUCACAAAUAAUGUCACUUAAUUGGUUACUUAACACUAAAAAGCCGGUAUCAGUGAUCGUCGAUUUUGUACGCAAUGCCAGUAAAAAGACAGGAGGUAGUACGAGAAAUACAAACUGUAAAGUAAGGCCUAAGCACAGAGGGUGGAAAGUGCAAGAUGGUCACAUUGUACCAGCUGGAAAAAUUUUGGCAACCCAAAGAACAACAAGGUUCCAUCCAGGUUUAAAUGUUGGAUUUGGGCGGAAUGGUACAUUGUUUGCAAUGGAAGCAGGCAAAGUGGUUGUAACAUGUGAGAAGUUUGAGCCAAACUGGGAUCAUACAUGGGUGCAGCGGAAUUACGCUGGUAGAACUAAUCAAAACAUAUUCAAGAAAUACUAUAAUGUUAUACCGGAACCACAACACAACAGAUUUAAAUUAAUUGAUGAAGUUUAA